ACUUUAAUGUGAGCAUCGUGACAACCAGCAACAAUGAUGCGGAGCAUCUUAGCAUUAUUUUCCGUAAUUGUCCACGUGGUUACGGCAGGGAAAUCAUUCAUCACUCUGUUAGACGAUGAUGUGAGCUCUCAGCCACUUUGCCAUACCGAAGACCUUCUGGUUUGCCAAAAGGCUCAAGUGGAUGUGAAGGUCUUCAUGAAAAAUAAUGUUAUCACUUUCCCACCCAACAUUACCAUGAAAAAGACCAAAAGCUCCAUCGAGAAGACCGGAACAAAAGUCAUUCAACUUAGGGACAUAGACGGGAAAUCCAGUAUGGGUUUGAUCACGAUCACCAUUGAAAACUUUGUUAUCCUGAAAGUGGACACGGUUCAUGGCAAGACAUAUGAUCUCGUCAACUGCGGAUUGGAUUGUUACUUAUGGCGGACCAUAAAUGCCACUUUCUUUGAUCAUUUGGAUUUUUCACGCCCGGCUUUGAACCGAACAGAAUUCAAUCGGAAGCUCGAUCCAGCAAUAGCUCAACUCAUGGAAGAGUCUCGCCAAUCCAAUGCCCAAGUGGUAAUCACUAUCAAAAUAUAUUACACGCGUGCCUUGUGGACCAUCACCCCCAAUUUGUUAGGCGUUAUUGAGAACAAGAUCGCCGAAACUAACGCAGUUAUGCAGAACUCUUACAUUCCUAUCACUAUCCGUGGCAUUUGCCCUCAACUGAUGGAUGUGAGUGAGAGCGGAAAUGCAAGGCAAUUCACAAACAGAAUAGAACUUUACAGGCCAUUGAAUCAACUCUACGAUGGCGCCGAUCUAGCUAUGUUAAUGACUGUCAAUUGUAGACCCGGAGCUUGCGGAUUUGCCUCUACAAUCAACGUCAUCAAUACUGGCGGAAUCCGAUUGGCAUGGAGUCCAACUUUUGCGGGACCGUCGUACAUUUUCGCACAUGAACUUGGUCAUCUUUUGGGAGGUGAGCAUGACCGCACAGAACUCGGAUGCGGCUUUCGUUGUUCAGGAACAGCUCACGGGUAUUUAAUCCAUGGGCUUCGCUACGUCACCGUCAUGGCAUAUGAGCCUGAUGGAGGGCAAUACGAAGUUAUUCCAUACUUUUCGUCGCCAAAUAUAGUAAGUCGAAAUGGCCUAGCUUUCGGAACUCCGGUCGACGAUGUCCGCAGCACGAUUCUGAGUCUUCGGUUUGCGAUCAGCCGUUUAGGCAAUGAUCAAUGUCAACGUUGGUGCUUCAAUCGAGUGAAUUGGCAAUAUUGUUUUGGGUGGCGUGAACUUGGAUACUGCGAGAAUACGUCACAAAAUUUUGUGUAUAUGAGGGAAAAUUGUGCUCUCUCUUGUGGCUUUUGUUGAUGACGACAUAUCGAUCACAAGACGAUAAACCCCAUUUCAUUUUGACUCGAUAUUUGGAAAGGACAGAAUAUAGAUUUUGAUUUACUUAGCAUCAGAAAA